CUCAGACCGAAGUUAACAGAUCACACUGUGGGCUCUCAGUACCAUCUGGAUGUGUCCCUGUUUGAGCGGAUGGUUAGAAACAAGAUUCCAUAUGUGCGGCUGAGUCAUCAGUACCGAAUGAGACCUGAAAUCUCCCAGUUACUGGUCCCAACUUUCUACUCCAGCCUUGAAGACCACAGCUCAGUAUCAGUUUAUGAAGAUAUCAAGGGCCUGGUGACAAAUAUCUUCUUCAUUGAGCAUCAGGUGGACGAGGAUCAGUGCACCCAGGCUGGAGGCUACAGCAAUGAACACGAGGCCCAGUUUCUGGCUAGGCUGUGCCAUUACCUACUGCAGCAGGGAUACAGGGAGGAGCAGCUCACUAUCCUGACCCCUUACAUGGCCCAGAUGUGGAGGAUCCGCACCGUGGUCCGGGACCACGGCAUGGCCUCUAUCUCCGUCAAGGCUGUCGAUGACUUCCAGGGUGAGGAGAGCGACAUAGUCCUCCUGUCACUGGUCCGCAGUAACUGGGAGGAGAGCCCUGACCUCCUGGGGGACAAGAACCAUUUGUGUGUGGCCUUUUCCAGAGCCAAAAUGGGUUUCUACUGCAUGGGGAACUUCCAGAGGCUGCUGCAGGGCCCCGAGAGGAAGCUCUGGGAAUCGCUCCUUCGGCUGCUGAAGGCCAAGGGCCUGACGGGGAAGGGUCUUCCCGCGCCCUGCCCGAACCACCCAGCGAAACACAUCAUCGUCGAGACCCCAGAGGGGUUUCAGCGCUCCCCUGAAUGGACGUGCAAUGGUCCCUGCGGUGCCCUCCUCCACUGUGGCCACUGCUGCCGCCGACGCUGCCAUUUUCACCGGUCGGGCCAGCGGCGCAGCCGCUGCAAGGAGCUCUGCGGGCGAUCGCUCUGCGAGAGAGGGCACAGAUGCCCCAAGCGCUGCUGGGAGGUCUGCGGCCCCUGCAAGGAGGUGGUGGAGAAGGUGGUGCCAGAUUGUGGGCACGUGCAGCGGGUAGAGUGCGGCCUUCCUCUGGGGGCCACGCCCUGCCAGCAGCCCUGCGCCAGGCUCCUGGAGUGUGGGCACCGGUGCCAGCAGCCCUGCAGCGAGGACUGUUCCAAGCUGCCGUGCUCCGCCAAGUGCACAGAGACGCUGCAGUGCGGGCACCCCUGCAUGGGCACCUGUGCCGACUGCCUGCAGGGCAAGCUGCACCAAGGCUGUAGGAGGAAAUGCGGCCGGCCUCUCCUCUGCGGUCACCAGUGCAAAGGACCCUGCGCCGAUAGCUGCCCACCCUGCCCCCUGCCGUGCAGUAACAGGUGCUGGCAUGGCACCUGCCAGAAGAGGUGCAGUGAGAUCUGUGAGCCAUGCCUGCAGCCAUGCCCCUGGAAGUGCCAGCACCACCAGUGCAGCAGGGCCUGCUGGGAGGAGUGUGACCGCCCCCGGUGCAGCCUUCCCUGCGACCGCCUGCUCCCCUGUGGGCACCCCUGUGUCGGCCUGUGUGGAGAGUCGUGCCCCUCCCUGUGCCGCACCUGUCACCUGGAUGAACUGACCUCCCCCUUCUUCGGCUCGGAGGGCGACCCCGGUGCCAGCUUUGUGUCGCUGGAGGACUGCGGCCACGUCCUGGAGGCUGGGGGUCUGGACCGCCUGAUAGAUGAGGGCCCUCGGCCCCUCUGCCUCGAGGCUUGCCCCAAGUGCGAGACCCCCAUCCGCUGGCACGGGCGCUACGCCAACGCCAUCAAGAGGAGGUGGCACGGCAUCAACCAGAUGAAGAGCGUUGUCCUGGGAAGCCCAGCCGAGGUGGGGGAGAUGAAGAAGCAGCUGACGGAUAGCAUCAUCGCAGCUUCCAUUAACCAGCAAUACAAGGAGCAAAGGUACAACAUCCGCAAGAAGGUGGAGGCUUUGCAGACACUGCCAGAGCUGCAGGCCUUGGGGCGAGCUCUCGACAUCUUCCAGUUCCUGGACACAGUCAGGAAGCAGGUGAGAGCGUGCCCACCAGAGGACCAGCUGAGCCUGGACAUCAUGCUAACCAAGGUGGACUGCUGGCUAGAUACCAAGGUGGCACCCUUCACCCAUCAGCAGCUGAGCGAAUGCAGGAAUGAAGUUGCCAGGAUAUCCUACCUGGCCAACCUGAAGAGGCUGGUGCAUUAUUGUGAAGAGGAGGAAGGGGAGGAAGGCAGCAAGGGACGGGCACAGGAGGUGGCAAAGGCUGUUGCCCCCCUCCUAGGGGACCUGGCUGGGAAAUUGACGGAGGCGACAGAGCUGGGGCUGAAAGGAGCCAUGGAGAAGAUGGUGGAGAGCUACCCCUGCACGGAGCUGUGGCUCUCCAGGGCUGAACGGCUCUCGAUGCCCGAGGAUGUGGUGAGGCGAGACUGGUAUCAGUGCCCAAAAGGCCACCUGUAUACUGUGGAAGAGUGUGGACAGCCAGGGGACCGCGAGGAAUGUCUGGAGUGUGUGCUGACAAUGGGUGGACAGUGAACCCCCCCCCCCCUCCUCCAGACCGACCCCCCCCCCCCCCCCCCCCCUCCCCGCCGAAGUCAGCGAUGUCCCCCAUUGCUGAAGGGACAUUUAGUGCCAGUGCGUACCCUCCAUGGUACUUCAGAGCCGAAGCAGUGUGAGCUCGAGCCCCGAUGAAAGGAUCUGAACCCGUAGUCUAGGCUGACAUACCCUGGUGCUGUACUGAGGGAGUGCUGCAUUGUUGGAGGUGUCACGUUUGUAGGAACUGAUUAGCAUUCAGCUGUAAGUGCUGAUAGAAUAAGAUUCCAUGUCCACUGCUUUGCUGAAGAUCAGUAGUGUACUUAAAUACAUCUGUGGGAUCAUGUUCAAUAAUAACCAAGAUCAGUGAGUGGUGAAAAUAGCCCCGUUAUUGAGCAUCCUCAGUAGCACAGUUCAAAGCAGAAAUAGGAUCCAAAGUGCAGUUUUACAGUAGCCUCUUUUAUACAUAGUUUUUACAUACAUUAAGAUUUUAGGAUUAUGGUGUCACAUAGUUGUACCUAUUAUACACAAGUUUGGGUGACAUCUGGGGAAGCAGGAGACGGUUUAAGCACUUGCUCAACGCUGGCUGUUACUCCUCAUUGGAUUAGAAUAUCUGUCAGGCCUGAGCUUGCAUAAUUAAGAGUGUUAGUCCUUUUGUCUUUAAAGUUAGUAAUGUUAGUGAACAUACUAGAUCUAUAUGAUCUAAAUAAGUGAGAAAUUAUAUGUGUACUAAAUAUAAGUAUAGAGGAUACCAAACUGAUCUCCCACAGUUUUUGACAGUUUUUGCAUAUUCAAUUAUGCAGUUUCACAGAACUACUGUUUUGGUAGUAAGUUUCUUCAAGGGGUAGUGGCCCUAUUUAAUAUGUAUUUAAAAAGUACAGACUAGUAGAGAAAACUGUUUGAUGUUCUGCAACCUGUUCAGGUCCCGAGAGACAGUUGCUAAGGGCUAAUUAAUAUUAUAAUCUUUCCAUAGUUUCAAGUGAGUUAUGGAGACAUGACGGUGGGAUAGCAUUGUUCUGAGUAGAUUACGGUAUUAAGACUUAUUCACGGGUAACCUUUGAUACAGAAACAGGUCUAAACGCUGCUUGAAGCAUGGGGUCAAUAAGAAUUGGAAGGUGUAAGGAAGAGUAAUGGGUUGGAAGGGAUGUUUAAUUUAACGCAGUUUUAUGAGUGAGUGAAUGGAAAUGCAGUACAGUAAACAUAGAGCACUUGUGAGUGAGUUAGUAAAGAGGAUCAUAAUACAAUAUCUCACACAUUCCAAGAGUUAUUCAUCUCUUCAUUAAUGUGGCUGCAUUACUUGAUCUGGCCAUGGUCUCAUCGACUUGGAUUUAUUUAUUGGAUGUGAAGAUUGCUGGUGCAGACAACAGUCAGUGCCAAAUGCCCAGUUACCCUCAAGAAGGUGGUGGUAAUCCAUGUGGUUUAUGUAGAGACAUAGUGUUGCCACUAUUCCCAUUUUCCCAACUCACUGGCUGUUCACACGAGGAAGAUCGGAAGUUCUAGCUCUGCAAAGACUACGGGACACGUUCUACCUUCAACUGGUGUUUAAUAAACAGAACUGAAUCUCCACAACAUUUCCUGUUCUUAUCUUCUUUCAUUUUGUUAUUGCUUGUGACCUCCGAUGACUGAGUCAGG